AUGAUGAUGAAACGCUCGCUGGAAGAAGUCUACCCAGCCACGCCCCACCAGGAGUCCUUCCAGUAUGGCGAUCCCGACAAAGAGGCCCACUUGUUUAGACUGCAGCCCCGGCAUGAGACCCAUGAAAACCCAGAUGAUCCGGUCCACUCUUCUCCUGAGACCCAGACUCCGGAGUCGUCUUCUGAGCAGGAGAACGCUUUGCACAAAGCUAAUCUGGGAGAAACGGGACAACCUAAUCCUGUGACAGACGCGUCGCCUCAACCAAACCUUGACGAGCCGCACGAAGACCCACACGUGCCAGAGCGCGUGCCAAGCAACGGAGGAGGUCAGAAUGAAUCCAAUGAGUCGGGCAAUCCCAACCAUGACGUCACAGGAGACCACCCUCUCCACCACGAGCGUGAUCACCAAGCCCACCAUGAGCCACUCGAGCAGCCUCACCGUGAACCCUCCCAAUAUGGUGAUGGCACAUCCGACCAGCCACCCGGCGGUGAGGAGACCCACCAGGACGUAUCCCAUGGAGACACGAACCACCAUGAUGCAGCCCAUCACAAGCCUGACGGCGACAUGUCACAUGGGCCUGCACCUGACCACGUGAACUCUGACCAGCCCGAAGUUAAUGACGGCGAUGGUUUAGAUGCUCCAGUGGGAAUGGCAGCUAUUGGCAUGGGCGGGAUCCGGACCGGAAUGGCAUCUGCCAAGAACACUCGGAUUCGACCCUUCCAGAUUGUACCCUCUGCCCAGGGUCAACGGGGAGGAGGGGGAGGUACUGGAGGUAGGUUCAUUGGAAUCCAGUUUGGCGACGGCCCCAGUGUCGCCAAGAAGAACCGAGUAAAGGGUGGUGGAUACCCUGCCGCCCGGUACGAGCCUCAUGGAUACGGGUGCCAGUGCGACGAGUGCAUGGGCUGCAAUCACACCGACAGCUCCUGCGACUGCUUUGAUGAGUGUCAUUGUAUCGGCGAGUGUACUUGUGGUAUCGAUCAUGGCUAUGACGAUGGCUACUAUGAUGAGUACGAAGACGAAUAUUAUGAUGACGACUACGAUGAUGACUACGAUGAUGACGACAAUGACGACGAUGACGACUGUGACGACGACGACUGCGACGACGACGAUGACGACGAGGACGAAGCUCCACCCCCUUCUCACAACCCCAAGAAUUGCAAGAAGAAGAAUUGCAAGCACUGUAAGGCUCCCAAGAACCACGAUCCCGAUUCGUGCAAGAAGAAGAAGUGCAAGUGGUGCAAAAAGAAGAAGGACUCAGACAAGGAACCCCACAACCCUGAUACUUGCCACGACAAGAAGUGCAAGAAGUGUCCCAAGGACAAGGAAGACGUGCCCAAAUCUGACUGUGACCACUCGUUAUCGACCACCACUCAGUACAAGACGCGGACCAAGAUUGUCAAGAAGGUGUUUACAAAAUACGUCACCACCACUACUAGCUACUAUGAUACCGUUACUGAGACAUGUACCGAGACUGAGACUGAGACCGAGACCAUCACGAAGAAGUACGGCGCCCCCACAGCUACCCAAACCAUGUCGAAGAAGAAGUUCCCCUGGUUUGCUCAGAUGUUCGCUGGUCGAACUGGUUCUGCUCGCUUUGUCCCCGGUGCUGCUGCUACUAACACGCGCCUUGCAGUUGCUGACAAGUACCGCGAUUUUGACGCAGAGCCGACCGACCGGUACGAAGGCAACCAGCGGAUUUUUGCACGUGCUCUGGAUAGCCCUACUGGUUUUGUGGGCUCCGAGAUUCGAGAUGCUCAGGUCACUCCCACGGCCAUCUCCACUGCUGAUACCGCCACAGGACUUCCAUCCAAGGCUGUGCCUGUUCCGCCCCUCCUUGAUACCAACGAUACCCCAUCAGGAUACCACACGGAUACCAAAGCAGCCAUUCCCUCGAGGGCCAACGCACGUGCAACCAACGGCUCGUUUGCUACUGUGAAUGGCUCUUUCGUUAUCAUCAGCGAAAAUGGGACCACGGGUCCUUCGCUUAAUCCAGCCAAAUCCAGAUCUUCUGGUAACGUGCUGACGGUCCAAAUUGCGGCCAGUUUUGUGGUGUUGCUGGUCGUUUAUAUUGCUUUUCAGAACUAG